UAGGCUCAUGUCAUGAGUGCCUGUGUGUUUAUAUCGCGAUGGAUCUCUCUUAUCAAGCCAUAAGGACUGCUAACCAGGCCAGAGAGGCGGAUGAGCUGAGAACUGAAACACGCAGGAGAAAUUUGCUGGUUCUGAUUUAUCAUCAUUUACUGGAGGAGGGGUAUAUGGAUUCAGCCAAAGCCUUAGAAAAAGACAGCAGUUUUGGUUUAUGCCGCUUCGAUGUGUGUGAUAAUGUUGACCUGGACACGGUUCUCAUGGAAUAUGAGAGUUAUUAUUUUAUAAAGUUUCAGAAAUAUCCCAAACUAACCAAGAAACUGCCAGAACAAGGUGAGAGUCGGCUUGUCAAGAGUUGUGGUAAAAGAAGGACAUCAUCAUCCAGUCAGACACUCCCAAGAAUCAACUCCGUCCAGCGACCGCCGUCCAGAAACACUGUUAAAAGGUCUGAAUCUAAACUAACAGGAAAAGACAUCAGUAAACCCAGGGAAGGUAACAGCCUGACACCUGUGGAGACAUCAGGAUUUGGUCUGAAUGUGUCUCCUAUCAUCAGGAAUGGAGCUGAAGAGGGAACACACAUGAGAAAGGGUCAUCUGGUUGAUUACAGGAAUCUGAUUCAAGAUGCAGUUAAAGGUGCUGCUAAUGACACAGAUUUCUCGGAGCGUUUGCUGAAACCCAUGAGUGCCUUCAGUGGGAUGAACAGUGACAUGAGGGAACUUGCAGCUGUUAUUAGCAGAGAUAUCUAUUUACACAACCCCAACGUGCGCUGGGACGACAUUAUAGGUCUGGAGGCUGCCAAGCGAUUAGUCAAAGAAGCUGUCGUCUACCCCAUUAAGUAUCCGCAACUGUUCACUGGAAUUCUGUCACCAUGGAAGGGUUUACUCCUGUAUGGACCACCAGGCACAGGGAAGACGAUGCUGGCCAAGGCUGUGGCCACGGAGUGCAACACGACUUUUUUCAACAUCUCCGCAUCCAGUAUCGUGAGCAAAUGGAGGGGAGACUCUGAAAAGCUGGUUCGGGUGUUGUUUGAGCUGGCAAGAUAUCACGCCCCAUCCACCAUUUUCUUGGAUGAGCUGGAAUCAGUGAUGAGCCAGCGAGGGGUUGGCCAAGGAGGUGAUCAUGAGGGCAGUAGAAGGAUGAAGACGGAGUUACUAGUUCAGAUGGAUGGACUGGCACGAUCAAAUGAUCUUGUGUUUGUACUUGCGGCCUCAAACUUACCCUGGGAGUUGGACCAUGCCAUGCUGAGAAGACUGGAGAAGCGUAUACUGGUGGGUCUCCCAUCUGCCCCUGCCAGACAAGCCAUGAUCAGCCAUUGGCUUCCUCCGGUCAGUAACUCGGGUGGGGUGGAGCUGCGGACAGAGCUGGACUAUCACUCACUAGCACAGGAGACGGGAGGUUACUCUGGGUCAGAUAUCAGGUUAGUGUGUAAGGAGGCGGCUAUGAGACCCGUGCGAAAAAUCUUUGACGCCCUUGAAAAUCACAUUGAAGGUCAGUCCAAUAUGCCGGUUAUUGAACUAGAAACUGUGACCACAGCAGAUUUCCUGCAGGUGAUCGCUCACACCAAACCCUCAGCCCGAUGUCUGAUGGAUAGAUACUCGGCCUGGGAGAAAGAGUACGAGUCUGUCUGACACAUUAUUAGAGCAACCAAACAAAUGUUUUUAUUGCACUGCUAUCUACUCUUUUCAUGACGCGAUGCUGUGUUUUGUUACAAGUCUCACUGUAAAUCUAACAUUUUAAAGGAAAUUACAUUUAAAAUUACAAUUAAUGGAGGGUAUGCAUUUUAAAAAACAUUUCAAAAUAUAGUUUGUUCUCAUAUAUUUCAAAAAGGUCAAUAAUA